UUUUGAAAAAAUAGAGCUUGAAGUGGUUUCGACUGUUAUCGCGUUUUAGGGUGUUUAAAGUUUUGACUCCGUACGCAUGGUAAACACAGGAUUUGCAAGUGGAUAGUUGCUCUGCCUUUAGACGUACUUUAUGCGUAUUCUGAAACGUUCUGUUUAUUGUAUAGUGGUAUUUUAGUAUCUAGAACGCUUCUAUCCAACAUAUUUUAAAAGGGUUUGGUUUGCCAGUAAGGAAAUUUCAAAGUAUAAAUUGUUUUGUUGCGACGCAGCGAAGUAGUUCUCCGCCAUUUUAGCCUGUAACAGUUUUUUCCACUUACCACCUGAAUUGCAAAAUAUUUGAAGUAAAUUUGUAAAUAACUGUGUUAUAAAUUCAUUUUGUUAACUUUUAUACGUAUUUUUAAACUGAAGGCACAUCAAAUUAAAUUGGGCAUAACCUAAAAUAUAAGUACCAAUUUCUAUUACGUGUAAACUUUUACAAUCUAUUGUAAUAUUCCUAAGAUCGACCUUGUAUUGCAUUACUCAGAUACAGAACUAACAUAUAAUAUAAAAAUUAAGUUAAUCUGCUUUUCAGUUGUGAUGACAUAACUUGUCUUAAUCUAGGGCCACGUAGUCUAUCUAACGAUAGUUAAUAUUUUCUUUAGUCUUAACUUUGUGCAUUUUCAGUAAGUCAUGUUAUGGCAAAUAUGAACAACCCAACGAAUUGUCAGGCAAGUGUGGUUCUUGCCGAAGAAAAGGCAAUGAACUUGUAUUAUGUGAUUAUUGUAAUUGGUGGUUCCAUUGGGAAUGUGUCAUCACACCUUUUAGUGAUAUAGAUGUAACUGAGCCAUGGUUUUGUUUGAUGUGUAAACAGGCUAGGACACUUAGGGUACAGGGGAAAUUAUUAUGGGUCUGCGAAGGGAAUUGGCUUUGGCAUGUGAUGGGAUUGAUAAUUUAAAAGCAGAAAAGAGCUCUAGUAUUAAUUGUAACUGUUCAUCCACUCAUUGGACAGACAUUAAAGUCAAAUUGCGAUACAGAAACAAAGGUCUUUGCUGCAGUGAAGAUCCAAACUUUAAGGUAAAACAGGGCAACAGAUUUGAGGUUCAGACUGUCGGAACCUCAAGGAGUUGCUCAAUUAAAGAAAAAAAGAGGAUCUUAAACCUGAUGUAAAUAAUAAUAUGAACUGUAGGAAGGUCCAGCUUCUAGGUAAUAGUCAAUGUAGAGGACUACAUGAACAUCUUCACUCAAUCCAGGGGGAUGAAUACAUGAUUACAAAUGUAUUCAAACCCAAGCUACACUUGACAAUGUUGUUGGGGAACUUGGAACAUUGCUGACAUCUGAUCUAGUAAACACUGCUUAGCAACAGUGCAGAGGAAAUAUUCAAAAAUGGGUGGUGCUGUAAGUGCAGGAGAAGAUAAUGAUGAUCUAGUUGAGAAUUUGUUGGAAGCACACUACAUUAAAAGUCCUGAUGUUGAGCGUGUUUUCCGGGCUGUCGAUCGUGCUCAUUAUUUUACUUCCGCAUUUCGAGAAGAUGCUUAUAAGGACUUGGCAUGGAAAAGUGGAAAUCUUCAUCUUUCAGCACCUUGUAUCUAUAGUGAGGUGAUGGAAAGUUUGCGGUUGUCUCCUGGACUCAGUUUUCUCAAUCUGGGUUCAGGUACUGGUUAUCUUAGCACAAUGGUUGGUCUUAUUCUAGGUCCAUAUGGUACUAAUCAUGGUAUUGAAAUUCAUGAAGAUGUUGUAAAUUACUCAAAUAAAAAGCUUGAGGAAUUUAGGAAGAUAUCCCCAGCAUUGGAUGAAUAUGAAUUCUGUGAACCGAAGUUUGUAAAAGGAAAUUGCUUAUGCUUGAACAGUGAUGUGCGGCAAUAUGACAGAGUCUACUGUGGUGCUGCAUGUCCAGAAAAUUAUGAGAAUUACAUGAAGAAUCUCAUAAAGGUAGGAGGUGUACUUGUCAUGCCAUUGAAUGAUCAACUGCUGCAGAUUGUUCGAACUUCAGAAACCACUUGGGAUGUAAAGUCUGUAUUGCCAGUUUCCUUUGCAACCCUCCUGUUGCCUGAAAAAACAGAGGUGAAAGAUCACAUAACGUUACCUGAAACUGAGCCAUUAUCACUACAGGAUACAUGUAGAUCAUCAAUUCGCAUUAUUUUACGCCAUAAUGUGGAGGUAGAACAUCCCAAUCUUAAGCCUAGGCAAGUAAGAAUUCCAAAGAAGAAGAGUGUGAAGAAGAGAACACGUCAAUCAGUUAUUCCUAUUUUUGAAGAAUCGGAUAAUGAUGAAUUUGGUAUAGGAGCUACAGAUGAUGAAGAUGGAGGAGACAGAAAUCUUGGGAGAGCUUAUGUAAUCUAUCAUGUUCAGCGUCAACGUGCUGGCCAUAUCACUGCUGCAAAUGAACUGGCACAAAAUUUGGCUUGUCACAGGCGCUCAGUCAGGGUGCAACAGCAACAGCAGGAACAGGAACAUCAUCUUAAUGACAGCAACAACACUGUCAUUCAGCAGAGAGAGGAUGAAAGGAUGGAAGAGACUGUAGAUACAUUUCCUGAUCAGGAAUUUGACAUUAGAAAUACUGAGUCCAUGGAAGCUAAAACAGUU